CAUCAACAAUGGAACAGGAUCGCAUUCUAGCCACAUUCAAGAUAUUAAUAAUAGGCGAAAGUGGCGUAGGAAAAUCUAGUCUGAUGCUUCGCUUCACCGAGAAUGACUUCGACAGCGAUCAAGCGCUUACGAUCGGCGUGGACUUUAAAACGAAAAUGCUCGACAUUGACGGCGUGAAGGUGAAGCUCGCCAUCUGGGACACGGCUGGCCAGGAACGGUUUCGUACGUUGACCCCCAGCUACUACCGGGACGCACAGGGCGCCAUACUGGUGUAUGACGUCACGAAAAAGGACACAUUCCAGAAGCUAGAGUCGUGGCUGAACGAGCUGGAAAUUUACGGUACGCGCAACAACAUGGCCAAAAUGAUUGUGGGCAAUAAGAUCGAUCAGCCGAACAGGGCGAUCAGCCGGGACGAAGGGUUCCGGUUUGCCAAAAAGCACCGGAUGAUGUUCAUCGAAACGUCGGCCAAAACGAGCGAAGGUGUAAAGGAUGCAUUUGAGGAGGUAGUUCGUAAGAUUAUGGAGACAGAUGGGCUCUGGGAAAGGAACGAUUACGGUGAUGGAGUUGAUCUGCAUGGUAAUCGGGUACCUGCAUCUGGUUCGUGCUCCUGUUAGCUUCCAA